AUGGACCCACCACCCAUUUUGAGUAGUGCAUUUCCUUUACCACCUAUGGGUUAUAUAGAAUUAUUCAGUGAUGAUAACAUUCGUCAAAAUGAAAGAAUUCUACAACCGCCGCCACCGAUUGAAGGUCCUUAUGAAUUGUUCGGUGCGUAUGUUAGUGGAAUCGAUCAUUCGGAACCGAUUAUACGUCCUUUAGCAGAUCUGCAAAUUCAACGUGUUUACAUGCGUCCUGAUGAUUACAAAGGUGAAUUGAAGAAGUUAUGUUUUGCAAUAUUAACAAAUUAUCUCGAUCUAUUACAAAUCGUUUCACGGUCAACUCUAACACCAAGUCCAGAUAGUGGCAAUACGACAUUACGUGAACAAAAACUGAACGAAAUUGAACUGUUGUUCAUUAAUAUUCAUCAUUUAAUCAACGAAUUACGGCCACAUCAAGCACGCGAAACACUUCGAGUUAUUCUCGAAGAACAAAAACAACAACGAGAGAAGACAAGUGAAAAACUCUAUUCUUUUUUGAAUCGUAUUGUUGACGUGCUCAAUUCAGCAGUCUAUUCACUUAAUGAUCUUGUACCUAAAGUUUCCAAUUAA